GCGUGAACUACCAGCGUUCCAGCGCGCGCUCCCUCUCUCUCAGAGCGAAACUUGGGAGUAGAGUGAGCAGCAACUGGUACCAGACGUUUACAACUCCGCGCUGACGAGCACCUGCUACACAAACAAGGCUGCUUCGUCGGAGAGAAAAGUCCACAUUUGGAGGAAACUAUGGACGCAAAGAGAGUGGAGACCAUUUCUGCACGCGUGGACGCUGCUGUUUCUUCACCUGGCUGAGGUGUGUGUUUGUGUGAAAGCCUUUCAUGCUUUUCAAGAAGUUGAAGGAGGACGAUCAAAGGGAUCCACUGUGAGUUCAGAACCACCAACUUCACUGACUCUCUCCUCUUCCUCUGAUACUUGAAUAAAACGCACACAGAGCGGUCCUCCUCACACUCCUCCUCCUCCUCCUCCUCCUCCUCCUCCUCCUCAUCAUCAUCCCACCCCCUUUCACACUCUGUUGAUCAGCUCAGCAAAGGGAAAGUGACUGUGUGAAACCUGAGGAUCACUUGCAGGCUGAGGAAGCAGAGAGAGCGUGCACGGCGUGGUUUAGCCUUCAAGAGAAGUUCCAGUCAUGUGCUCACCAAACAAGAGGGCCCAGUGGAGGGAGGACCUGCAGCAUUUCCGCAAAGAACACGGCUUCUCCAAGAAAGUGCUGCUCAACUGCUGCCUGGUGCGACGCAUCAUCACCUGGGCAUCCCCGAACCCAAAAGACAGCGUUGAAGAUGAGCUUGAACUCUCUGCAGUCCGCCAUCGCCCUGAGGGCCUGGAGAGCCUCGAAGCGCAGACCCGAUUCUCCCGCAAAGAGCUACAGAUCCUCUACCGCGGCUUCAAGAAUGAAUGUCCCAGUGGAGUCGUCAACGAAGAAACUUUUAAAGACAUCUACGCACAGUUCUUCCCACAAGGAGAUGCUUCAACAUACGCUCAUUUCCUGUUCAACGCCUUUGACACAGAUCACAACGGCUCCGUGAGUUUUGAGGAUUUUGUUAUGGGCCUCUCUAUUCUCCUGCGAGGAACAAUCCAGGAAAAACUCAACUGGGCUUUCAAUCUGUAUGAUAUCAACAAAGAUGGAUAUAUCACCAAGGAGGAAAUGCUCGACAUCAUGAAGGCCAUCUACGACAUGAUGGGAAAAUGUACAUACCCCAUGCUCAAAGAGGAGACGCCUCGCCAGCAUGUAGAAGUCUUCUUCCAGAAGAUGGAUAAAAAUAAAGACGGAGUGGUUACCAUAGACGAGUUCAUCGACUGCUGCCAAAAUGAUGAAAACAUCAUGCGAUCAAUGCACCUCUUUGAAAAUGUUCUUUAACUUUUGGCUGACUGUGGAAGAGAACUUCAUCUUUAGCUCUGACUUGGACUCAUACUGUGUACAGUGUGCUAUGCAGACAUUUGACCAUGGAUAAAACAUUGUUCAUUACCUUGGGCCACACGUAGGAGUAGGCAAUACAGUGCGAACACUCUGGGAUGAUCUGCCUUUUGAGGAUUUUAGUGAAUAAAUAUAAUCAAAUACAAAAAAGAAAGGAAGAGGGUGAAAGGUUUUUAAAGCUUGGUUGAUUUUUUGAAGUAAAACACUUAAACUUCAAGGUUGACUCCCCCCCCCACCUGUCUUUGGAGCAUCUCGCAAUUUACCGAACGCUGCUUUCUGCGAGCAGUUCUCACCUUCGACAUCACAAAAACACACAAAUCGAGAUUUCUGCAGCAGCCUUGACUCGUUGUAUUUACUGCCGAGUGAAAUCACUGUGACUUUUUACAGCCUGAAAACAAACUGAACAAAACAAAUAGAGUCUCACAUUCCAGACCGGCUCACAAUCCCAGAGUGUUCUCACCCUGACUUAUCAUGGGGGUCCUUGAGGGAGGCAUUUAGAGAAAACAUGAGGAUGUAACAUUUUGAACUGUAUAUACUUAUAGAUAAAGCAUUAGGUAUUAACUCUGUGAGAACUUUUCAACUUUGUCCAUGUUUACUUGCCAACUAGAAACAAGACAACACAAGGAUUGUAUUGAUGUCAAAUCGGACCAUAAUAUCAAUGGUUUGUCCACAGAAGCACACAGGUAGCUACAUUUACCACAAGUAUAACAACAGAAGAUAUCUUUGUCUUAAUCAAAUGCUGCUUUCAGUGUAUUUCUGUUAACCUUAUGUAUGUAUUCUCCCUGUAAAGUAGACCAUGGAUCUCUUUGUUUUGAAGCACUGUUUAGGGGUUUACACUGAGAGCAGUGCUGGAGGUUAUUUAUAUGGUAUUAUGCUCAUUGUACAAAAGAUUGUCAGUUGUACAGUAUUAAAUCAAAGUUUGCUCUUGUGUGAA